AUGUUUAAAAUAAUAUUGCUCUUCGUGGCAUUAUAUGCGGCACUGAGUCAGGCGCGCCCCAGCUAUUUGCACGGCAGCUCAGCGCUGCUGCCCAGCUAUGAGACCGUGGAAUAUGCGCCGACACUGAUCGGACAUAGCUACGAGAGCUUGCCCACGGCUGUGUCGCAUCAGAGCUCGACGGUGGUGCAUGAGAAGCGUCCCUACUGGCGUCCCAUUGUGGGGCAUGCGCCGCUCCUGAACACGUACGCGCCCACAGUGACGUAUGCGGCUGCCUCGCCCAUCAGCUACGGCAGCGGUUGGUACGACAGUGCCGGCUGGGGCGCUGAAAGCUAUCCCAGCAUCUAUCUGAAGUGA